CCAGAAGGACUCACAAUCUCCCCCGUCUUGGCAGCUGUAUCCGGUUGAUGCAUUUCUCUGCUCCCGCACGGGCAUCACGUGCAGAAAAACGGUGCCGCGAGUUACCUUUUAUAAAAACAAAAGUGUGUGUGUGUGUGUGUGUGUGUGUGUUUAGUACCACCCACAAUUGAUAAAUCUUAUGGGAAAUGAGACUUCCCCUUUUGGCUCAGCUAAAGAGAGGAGUCGUGCCGUUAACUGCCAUUGCUGCUUCACGAAAGCGGCGGCAGGGGACCCCGCACUCACGGUCCUAAAGCUUCUGCGCGCCACCAGAGAUCCGGCAGGCACCAUGGAAGAGGCCUACAUCCAACACAUUGAACUCCUGGGCUACGAGAAGAGGUUUUUCCCGAACCGGCACUACGUUUACGUGUUUCUGGUGAAAUGGCUGGAUCUGACCGAAAAAGUUGUAUACCGGAAGUUCACGGAGAUCUACGAAUUCCACAAAAGUCUGAAGGAAAUGUUUCCUAUUGAAUCAGGGGAUAUCAACAUCGAGAACAGAAUCAUCCCUCGCUUGCCUGCACCAGUGUGGUUUGAGAGCCAGAAAUAGACCGAAAGCCGUCAAGGCACGCUCUCUGAGUACUGCUCGGCCCUGGUUGAUCUGCCACGCAAGAUCUCCCGAUGUGCACACGUCCUCAACUUCUUCAAAGUCCGGCCCAGCGAUGUGAAUCCCCCAGUGCCAAGCCACACCAAGAAACCAGAAACCUUUCUAAUGCCAAAGGAUUGGAAGAAGGUCGCAGCAGACAUCACAGGGCCCAUCAUCCUGCAAACAUACCGGGCGAUCGCGGACUACAAAAAGAGCUCAAAGACGGAGAUGGAGUUCAAGACGGGCGACAUGGUGGACAUCGUGGAGAAAUGCGAAAGCGGUUGGUGGUUCUGUCAGCACAACAAUAAGCAUGGCUGGGUUCCAGCUUCUUACCUAGAACCGAUGGAUGGUCCAGAUGAGUCCGAAGAACAAGAGCCCAACUAUGCAGGUGAACUCCACGUGGUCCGGAAAGGCUACGCAGGCACCCAGGAAGAUGAGAUCAGACUGAAGGAAGGGGAAACCAUAGAAGUUAUCCAUAAAUUACUAGACGGAUGGUGGGUUGUCAGGAAGGAUGAGACCAUGGGUUAUUACCCUUCCAUGUACUUGCAGAAAUCGGGAGAAGUAAACAACACUCUCGAGAAAAAUUGGUUGCGGAAUAAAGGGGCCCCCCCGCGAAGAUCCACCAUCAAAAAUAUCAAGAGCAUUCACAACCAAAACUGCAAACAGAUCAGCCAGGAGACAUACCGGCGGAACAGCGUGAAAUACAUGCAAGGCAGGAAAAAAUUCGGGAGCAACUUUCUGAAGAAAGCCGGCAGCAUCACGGAGAAGGAUGAAACGGUGGAGGAGAUCCAAGCCAAAGCACAGCCUGCCAUCCCCCCGAGACCCAGCAAAGACCUGAUCCUGAACCACUGCUCAGAGAGCACCAAGAGGAAGGUCAAGUGAGGACGGAGCUGCAUCUUUGGCCUGGGAACAUCUCCGGAAUCCACUCACCAGCUUGGGACCUUUGAGUUUCGUUGCUCUGGGGACAGAUGCUUCCGGAACAUGGCAGCUCAUAUCCCCAGAAAUAUACUAGUACUAUUUAUAUACCACUUUUAUCUCCAGAAAUAUGCUAGUACUAUUUAUAUACUGCUUUUCAAGCAAGUUUCCAAAGCAGUUUACGUAGAGAAAUAAAGAAUAAAUGAGAUGGCUUAAUAAAAUACAUAAAUAUAAAUAUAUAUGACUUUUGCUCUUUGUAACUCCAUUAUGCGUCAGUACAAGACUUGCUGGGCACUCAGAAUUUGUCCUGGGUAGAACGUACCAGUCCUUUUGGAGUGUCUUCCCAUCAUGAAAACCUUGUGGACUAGUGACCUGGCUGUUUCUGUUAAUGUUGUAUGGAAUGCAUCAGUCCUUUGGGAGUGUCUUCCCUUCAUGAGAACCUUGUGGACUAGUGACCUGGCUGUUUCUAGUAAUGUUGUAUGGAAUGCAUCAGUCUUUUGGAGUGUCUUCCCAUCAUGAAAACCUUGUGGACUAGUGACCUGGCUGUUUCUAGUCAUGUUGUAUAGAAUGCAUCAGUCCUUUGGAGUGUCUUCCCAUCAUGAAAACCUUGUGGACUAGUGACCUGGCUGUUUCUAGUCAUGUUGUAUGGAAUGCAUCAGUCUUUUGGAGUGUCUUCCCAUCAUGAAAACCUUGUGGACUAGUGACUUGGCUGUUUCUAGUCAUGUUGUAUGGAAAGCAUCAGUCCUUUGGAGUGUCUUCCCAUCAUGAAAACCUUGUGGACUAGUGACCUGGCUAUUGCUAGUAAUGUCGCAUGGGCCUAAUGCCUACAGAGUGUUUGAUAUGUGCAAUGUCUGUGAAUAUCUUGAACUUUCAUGGCCUUAUGCAGGUGUUUCUUAAACCUGGUAGUGACAGAUGAUGUUGGGCUACAAAUCCUUGGGCUAAAGGAUGCCUCCCACCAAGAAAUAUUUGUAGAGAAGCUUCCUUAUGAUGUAUGUGGUACAUAACCGAUGUAUAAUAUUGUUUCUUUGGUCACAGGUGUCUUGGGUGAGUAUCUCCCAGUUGUUAUGUUUGGUAAAUAUGUCAAAUAAAUAACUCUAUAUGUGAAA